AUGGCAAACCUUUAUGUCCCAUCGUCACUAACGAUCGAUUGUCUUGAAGAAAUAAUUCAUCAUUUAGUGGAUCAUCGUUCAUCACUAUUCUCAUGUUUAUUGGUAAAUAGAUUAUGGUGUAAACUAGCGAUAGGAUUACUAUGGAGUAGACCAUUUGAAUAUCAUAUUAAUGUUAAAAGAUUUUCUAUGAUCAUUAAAACUUAUAUUUCAUGUCUUCCCAUCGCUGAGAAGCAAAUGCUUAGAUCUAAAAACAAAAGAAUUUUACCGGAAAUACCUGCAGAAAGAACUCUUGAUAUAAUGGAUCAGAAAAAAGUAUAUUCAAAUAAGGAUCAUUUAUUAUUCAAUUAUCCGAAAUAUUUACGAAUAUUAGAUUUAUCAAAUUUUCAGAAUGGGGUAAAGCAAUAUCUUACCACAGUCAACAUCGAAAGUUAUCAAUUAGUAUCUUAUACUGUUCAAAUAUUAGUAAACUUUUUAAUUCAAUCCACAGACACUCUCCAUCAUUUAGUAAUAAAUAGUCCUAUAAUGCGGUUAUUCUUUGACAUUACUUUACUUCCAAACAUUGAUAAAAUAAAUCAAAAACUUUCUUCAAUUUCAAAAAUAGAUUUAUUCCUUCAAAGAAAAGAUACACCAGAAACUCAUCAAGGAUAUAUAAAACUUGUUUCUCAUAUAUCCAAACAUUCCAGAAAUUUAAACAAAAUUUCUAUUGUUAAUGAUUUUCAAGAUUGUCAACCAGAAAUUUUACGCCAUAUAUUUAGAUUAAUUGAAAUUCAAAAUUAUCUUGAAGAAAUUACUAUUUGGGAAUUUCAAAAUCCUUCAACUUGUCAAUGGAUUUAUACUGCUUUAAAAACUCAAUCUCAUUCUUUAAAAUAUCUUGGAAUUAAAAGGUUUAGAAAUUUUUCAAUUUUUUUAGAUUUUUUAAAAUCUUGUAAAUCUUUAAAAUCUUUAGAAAUUUUAGAUUUUUUUGUUGAAGAUGGUUAUACACCUUUUUAUAUUCCUUUCAAUUCUACAGUUUCUGAAGAAAUAAAAUUAGAAAAAUUUUCUUGUUGUGAGAAUUAUUCAAAAUCUUCGGUGUUUAGUUUAACAAUGACAAUAAUUAUUCGUAUGGCAAAUAAGAAUUUAAGAGAACUUAUAUUAGGGGAUUCUACUGAUGAAUUAAUAGAAGAAAUUCAACAAAAUUGUCCAAAUAUUAUAAAGCUUUCUUUAACUUUAUAUACUACUUCUUUUGAAAAACUUCUUCCUUUAUUAUCUUCUUCAAAACUUGAAUUUCUCUAUUUAGAAUCAAAAUUUGAUAGUUCUGCAUUAACUCCUAAUUUUAUGCAAAAAUUAGCCAUAUCACUUCCGAAAACUCUUUUACAUUUGGGAAUGGAUCUUGGAAUUGUUAAUGAAGGAUUACGAUUAUUUUUUGAAGAAUAUGGAAAUUGUGGUGUUGCUUUAUAUACUAUAGAAUUAUAUAAUUAUUUAUUAGAUGAUAGAGUUUUAGAAUCUAUCACUAAAUAUGCGAGAAAAGUUGGUGGUUUGAAAAGGUUAAAGAUCAGUGAAGUAAAUACUAAUAUUUCGGAAAAAGGUUUGCAAGAAGCAAAAGAUGUUAUUUCAAGUGUUGUAUUAUUAUAA